AUGGCUGGCUUCAAGUAUCUCAAUAAGCUUCAAGGCCAACGUAUUCUCAUUCUCGGCGGGUCCUCUGGAAUAGGCUUUGCCGUCGCCCAGGCCGCUGUCGAGCAUGGCGCAGUGGUCUAUAUCAGCAGUUCCAAGCAAGCCAGGCUCGACGACGCCGUUACAAGGCUUCAAACUUUUGCGAAAGAGGUUGGCCUUCCAUCGGACAACAUAUUCAGCAAGACGUGUGAUCUCUCCAACCCCGAAACACUGGAGAGCAACAUCACUGAACUCCUCGACUUUGCCACUGCCAGCGGCAAGCUCAACCACGUGGUGCUAACAGCUGGAGACGCGCUCAACCUCCCUGUGCUGAAGGACGUAACCUUGGCCCAACUCCACCAGGCAAGCUCCGUUCGAUACUACUCCGCUAUUUUUCUGGCCAAACUCCUUCCCAAAUAUGUCGUUUCCCACUCGUCCAGCUCUCUUACUUUCUCGAGCGGGUCCAAGUCAAAGCGCCCCGAUCCAAACUGGUCUAUCAUUUCAAGCCUGGGUGGUGCUCUGGAAGGCGCUGUCCGUGGCUUUGCCAUGGACCUCAAGCCUAUCCGUGUCAAUCUGAUCGAACUCGGCAUUGUAGAGACAGAGUUCCUCGAGCAUAUACCCGAACAAGUGCGCGGUCCGCUGCUUGAGAAAUCCGCCAAGGCUAAUCUCCUGGGGAAGGUUGGAGCACCAGAGGAUGUGGCAGAGGCGUAUCUCUACUGCUUGAAGGAUUCUUUUGUGACAGGAACGACGAUUGUUACGGACGGCGGGAUGCUUGUCGGCGGGAGCGAGUAG